UCUCUUUCUCUCUCCACCAUUGACUCUCUCUCUCUAUCUCUAUCUCGCUCUUGAAAUCAUCCUUUAUUUCUGUGACUGUGUUGCACUUUCAGAGAGAAGAGAGAGAGAGAGAAGCCAACCAUACACACAAAGAAAAAAAAAAAAUAAAAAAAUAAAGGUUGUGGCUUGCUGCUGAAUCAAUACCAUCACCAUUUCUACAAUACUCCCCUCACUAUUCCCCCUUUCCCCUUCUCCUUCAUCUGUGUUUCCCAUCAAAGUCUCUUUUUUUAUUAAGAAUCCGAUUUGCCUCUGUGAGAGAGAGAGAGUAGUAUCAUCCUCUGUUGUUGUUAUGGUCUCUGGAUCUCAAAGAAUCAAGCUUUACUGAGUUGUUGCCCCAUUUCAAAUCGAUCUGUGAAAAUCCCAAUAUAGUGUAGCCCGUCUGUGUUCAGACCAAAGAUGAACACCGGUGGUCGUUUAAUCGCCGGUUCUCACAACAGGAAUGAGUUUGUUCUCAUUAAUGCCGAUGAGAAUGCCAGAAUAAGAUCAGUGCAAGAGCUGAGUGGACAGACAUGUCAAAUCUGCAGAGACGAGAUCGAAUUGACUGUGGAUGGAGAACCUUUUGUGGCGUGUAAUGAAUGUGCUUUCCCUGUGUGUAGACCUUGCUAUGAGUAUGAAAGACGAGAAGGCAAUAAAGCUUGUCCACAAUGCAAAACCCGUUUCAAACGUCUUAAAGGAAGUCCUAGGGUUGAAGGUGAUGAAGAGGAAGAUGACAUUGAUGAUUUAGACAAUGAGUUUGAGUAUGGGAGCAAUGGGAUGGGAUUUGAUCAGGUUUCUGAAAAUAUGUCAAUCUCUCGUCGCACCUCUGGUUUCCCACAGUCUGAUCUUGAUUCAGCUCCACCUGGCUCUCAGAUUCCCUUGCUUACUUAUGGCGACGAGGACGUUGAGAUUUCUUCUGAUAGACAUGCUCUUAUUGUUCCUCCUUCACUUGGUGGUCAUGGCAAUAGAGUUCAUCCGGUUUCUCUUGCUGACCCGGCCGUUGCUGCACAUCCAAGGCCUAUGGUACCUCAGAAAGAUCUUGCGGUUUAUGGUUAUGGAAGUGUGGCUUGGAAAGAUCGGAUGGAGGAGUGGAAGAGAAAGCAGAAUGAGAAACUUCAGGUGGUUAAGCAUGAAGGAGAUCCUGAUUUUGAAGAUGGCGAUGAUGCUGAUUUUCCAAUGAUGGAUGAGGGAAGGCAGCCAUUGUCCAGGAAGAUACCAAUCAAAUCUAGCAAGAUUAAUCCAUACCGGAUGUUAAUUGUUCUACGUCUUGUGAUUCUUGGUCUCUUCUUUCACUACCGUAUUCUUCACCCUGUCAAAGAUGCAUACGCCUUGUGGCUUAUUUCUGUUAUAUGUGAGAUAUGGUUUGCGGUUUCAUGGGUUCUUGAUCAGUUCCCUAAAUGGUACCCAAUUGAGCGAGAAACAUACUUGGACCGACUCUCAUUAAGAUAUGAGAAAGAAGGGAAACCGUCAGGACUAUCCCCUGUGGACGUAUUUGUCAGUACAGUGGAUCCAUUGAAAGAGCCUCCGCUUAUUACUGCAAAUACUGUCUUGUCUAUUCUUGCGGUUGAUUAUCCUGUCGAUAAGGUUGCUUGUUAUGUAUCUGAUGAUGGUGCUGCUAUGCUUACUUUCGAAGCACUUUCUGAGACUGCGGAAUUCGCAAGGAAAUGGGUUCCAUUCUGUAAGAAAUACUGUAUCGAGCCUCGUGCUCCUGAAUGGUAUUUCUGCCAUAAAAUGGACUACUUAAAGAAUAAAGUCCAUCCUGCAUUUGUCAGGGAGCGGCGAGCCAUGAAGAGAGAUUAUGAAGAAUUCAAAGUAAAAAUCAAUGCUUUAGUGGCGACAGCACAGAAAGUGCCGGAGGAUGGUUGGACUAUGCAAGACGGUACACCUUGGCCCGGUAAUAGUGUGCGAGAUCAUCCCGGCAUGAUUCAGGUCUUCCUUGGAAGUGACGGUGUUCGUGAUGUCGAAAACAAUGAGUUGCCUCGAUUAGUUUAUGUUUCUCGUGAGAAGAGACCCGGAUUUGAUCACCACAAGAAGGCUGGAGCUAUGAAUUCCCUGAUACGAGUCUCGGGGGUUCUAUCAAAUGCUCCUUACCUUCUGAAUGUCGAUUGUGAUCACUACAUCAACAAUAGCAAGGCUCUUAGAGAAGCAAUGUGUUUCAUGAUGGAUCCUCAGUCAGGAAAGAAAAUCUGUUAUGUUCAAUUCCCUCAAAGAUUCGAUGGUAUUGAUAGGCACGAUCGAUACUCAAAUCGAAAUGUUGUGUUCUUCGAUAUCAAUAUGAAAGGUUUGGAUGGGCUACAAGGGCCUAUAUACGUCGGGACAGGUUGUGUUUUCAGGAGGCAAGCGCUUUAUGGCUUUGAUGCACCAAAGAAGAAGAAGGCUCCACGUAAGACAUGCAAUUGCUGGCCAAAAUGGUGUUUCAUGUGCUGUGGUUCAAGAAAGAACCGUAAAGCAAAGACAGUGGCUGCGGAUAAGAAGAAGAAGAAUAGGGAAGCGUCGAAGCAGAUUCACGCAUUAGAAAAUAUUGAAGAGGGCCGCAUCACUAAAGGCUCUAAUGUAGAACAAUCAACCGAGGCAAUGCAAUUGAAGUUGGAGAAGAAAUUUGGGCAGUCUCCCGUUUUUGUUGCAUCUGCUCGUAUGGAGCUUGGUGGGAUGGCUAGAAACGCAACCCCAGCUUGUCUGCUUAAAGAAGCCAUCCAAGUCAUUAGUUGUGGAUAUGAAGAUAAAACUGAAUGGGGAAAAGAGAUCGGGUGGAUCUACGGUUCUGUUACAGAAGAUAUUCUUACGGGUUUCAAGAUGCAUUCUCAUGGUUGGAGGUCUGUUUAUUGUACACCUAAGUUAGCGGCAUUCAAAGGAUCAGCUCCAAUCAAUCUUUCAGAUCGUCUCCAUCAAGUUCUUCGAUGGGCGCUUGGGUCAGUUGAGAUUUUCUUGAGUAGGCAUUGUCCUAUUUGGUAUGGUUAUGGAGGUGGUUUGAAAUGGCUUGAGAGGUUGUCCUACAUUAACUCCGUGGUUUACCCAUGGACCUCUCUCCCACUCAUUGUUUACUGUUCACUCCCCGCCAUCUGUCUUCUCACCGGAAAAUUUAUUGUUCCCGAGAUUAGCAACUAUGCGAGUAUCCUCUUCAUGGCGCUCUUCACGUCGAUUGCAGUAACGGGUAUACUUGAGAUGCAAUGGGGCAAAGUUGGGAUCGAUGAUUGGUGGAGGAACGAACAGUUUUGGGUCAUUGGUGGCGUUUCUGCGCAUCUGUUUGCUCUAUUCCAAGGUCUCCUCAAGGUUCUUGCUGGUGUGGACACUAACUUCACAGUCACAUCAAAAGCAGCUGAUGACGGCGAGUUCUCUGACCUUUACCUCUUCAAAUGGACUUCUCUUCUCAUCCCUCCAACGACUCUUCUCAUCAUAAACGUCAUCGGAGUCAUAGUUGGAAUCUCUGAUGCCAUCAGCAACGGAUAUGACUCGUGGGGACCGCUUUUCGGAAGAUUGUUCUUUGCACUUUGGGUCAUCAUUCAUCUUUACCCAUUCCUUAAAGGUUUGCUUGGGAAACAAGAUAGGAUGCCGACCAUUAUUGUUGUCUGGUCCAUCCUCCUCGCCUCGAUUCUUACACUUCUUUGGGUUCGGGUUAAUCCGUUUGUGGCGAAAGGUGGUCCUAUUCUUGAGAUAUGCGGGUUAGACUGCUUGUGAUUUGAUUGAUGGAUCAAUUGGUGAAAAAAGGUUUAAUUCCCACGGAUCAAGAGAGGUAAGUAAGAGAGAUAUUGUUUACCUCUAAAGACUUCUUCAUUGUGUUCAUUAGAUGAUGAAAAAGAAAAAGAAUUUAAUUUUGUUACGAGAUUGUUAUUUUUGCAAGAAUGUGUUGUAGAUAUAGAUGAAAAAAAAGAAGAAGGUUGUUGUCUAUUUGUUUUGUUCUUUGGUGGUGAGAGAAAAGAUUUGUCAAAUUAUUCUUUAAUUGAAUAUUUCUGAUCUCUUUUGAAUAUUAAGAGGAGUUUCAAUC